CUGAGUGUCAGAGGACGCCGGGGUACACAAGAUGUUUGACGCUGGCUGCUUGGAGGCCGAAGGAGUGUUUCUUGAUAACAGCUCUGUCAUAAAAAUAGGGUUGCUUGAACAAUGGUUGCCAAUGCGGACUGGGGAAAGGCGUUUGCAAUGGCAGUGUGUGUUAAAUUAAACCAUCAUGGGAUGUUUAGAAAAUAAGGUAAUGAAAUUGUGGCCGCGGUAAUUUUAUGGGAAAAUAAUGACAUAAAGCAGUUUCAUGGACGCCAACAAGAAAAAGGAGCGGCAUAGUCGUAGGUCUGAAACCCUCGUUAACUCCCUCAGUAAAAGAGAUUACAGAAUAAUCAAGAAAAUUGGAGAGGGGACGUUCUCCGAAGUAGUCAAGACCCAGAGUCUGAAGGAUGGAAAAUAUUAUGCCUGCAAAACGAUAAAGCAGUCCAUUGACAGCCUGGAGCAGGCUAACAGCUUAAGGGAGGUUCAGGCAAUGAAAUGCUUGAACCCACACCCCAAUAUUCUCCAGCUUCAUGAAUUGGUGUUUGACGCAGGUUCGGGGACCCUCUCCCUCAUUUGUGAACUGAUGGACAUGAACAUCUAUGAGUUUAUAAGAGGGAGACAAUAUCCUUUGCCAGAAAGCAAAAUCAAGCACUACAUGUUCCAAUUAUGCAAAUCCCUGGAUCAUAUGCAUAGCAAUGGGAUCUUUCAUCGAGACGUGAAGCCAGAGAAUAUUUUGAUUCGUCAUGAUGUCCUGAAGCUUGCAGACUUUGGAUCAUGUAGGAGUGUGUACUCCCAGCCGCCCCACACCGAGUACAUCUCCACACGCUGGUACCGCGCCCCCGAGUGCCUGCUGACCGACGGCUACUACUCCCUCAAGAUGGACAUCUGGAGUGCCGGCUGUGUCUUCUUUGAGAUUAUGAGUCUGAGCCCCUUGUUUCCCGGAUCCAAUGAGAUUGACCAGGUCGACAAGAUCCAUGAUGUGCUGGGGACGCCAGACAACGAUGUGCUUCAGAAGUUCAAACAGCAAAGGUCUAGGGCGAUGCGGUUUGACUUCCCCCCGCGGAAGGGCUGCGGCAUCUCCCACCUCAUCCCCCAGGUGCCCCCCAGCACACUCUCCCUGCUCUACCAGAUGCUGGCCUACGACCCCGAGGAACGCAUCAGCGCACGCACCGCACUGACGCACACCUUCUUCAAGGAGCAACGUGCGGUGGAGAAGCGUGCGGUGAGCCUGAGGAGAGCCAUCGGGACGGUGGAGGGGGGAGAGACCAGCGGGACACCCAGCUCUGUGGACCAGCUGUGGCGCAUCGCCAGACAAGGAAGGAGACAGCAUCAUCUGAAGCAUGUGGGUGAUCCAGUCUUGCGGUGCAACACGCAGAGGUUCCCCGUGGAGCUGCCCAAGCUAAACAUCAUGCCCUCGCCCAAGAUCACCUAUCCAGUCUCCAGCCUGCCUGCCCUAACCAUCACGCACAGGGGCUCCCUGCCUGCCAUCACCUCCAAGAAGUGCCACCCCCGCCUGGUGAAGCCCAGAGAAGAUCCUCACCGCAACACUUUCAAAAGAUACUACAUGCCCCCUUUGGACCGGAAGCGUGGACAAUACUGAGCAACCGCAAGCUACCUGUAACUGUGCCCAUACACAAUGAACUACCUGAAUGAAACCACUUGGACAUCAUACAGGUUCAGGAAUGGAACAGUGUGUGUUCAUUCUAAAAAAAAAAAAAAUCACAUAUACACACAAUGCCACCCAGUGGCAAGGACCUGUAAAGUCAAGAGGUGGAGAAUCCUGUCAGCUUCUGGUGACACCAACUCCAUCCCCUGGAACUGCUGAGCCAGCAGUAUUUAUACACAUCUGUUAAAUGGUAUACUAGAUAAAAGGCUGUAUGUAUCGACGGUAUAGAAUCACCAUGUCAUUGUUGAAGAUGGUCAUCACAGUAUAACGGAAGAAAUGAUGAGAGGAGACAUUUGUUUUUCACCAACAUUCUUUGAUGAGAGGUUGUGCAUUCCCAAUGUGACCUUCUUGUACCACUGUUAAAACAAAAGACUCUCAUAGAUGGUCAAGGAUAAAUAUAGAGACAGAGCUGUAUUAAGUGUUUGUUUGUCGUCAACCUUCAACUUCCUCUUGUAGUCACCUUUUCCUGUGAAUAAUUUGUCCGUCUUCUGCACUGCUUACACAAAUGCCAUGGCAAUAAAGAAUGUAGUUAACAUUUAAGAACGAGCA